CGGCCUGCCAUUGGCUGUUUCCGCCAUGGCCCCGUCCCCGCUCGUCUCCCAUUGGUCGCGCCGCCGCCGCUCCGUGUUAUUUUUCGAAUAUAAAUAGGGGCGCGGAGAGCUCCUUUGGGCUGCGCGUGAACCCCGGGAAGCGGACAGCGGGAGGCAUGGAACAGCCGGGGCUGCCCUCCCCGGUCACCGGGCUGGCGCUCGACAUGGGCAGCCUGGCGGGGCUCGGCGGGCACUGUGACACCCCGAAGCGGCGCAUGGGGGGGCUCCUGUGCCCCAACCUCUCCCGGCAGCCCUCAGUCCCCGAUUCCUCCCGGGGCUCCAUCUCAUCCGAGUCCUCGGAUGCAGGUUUGGGGCUGGACUCCCCCACACUGGAGGACCCGGCGGUGCUGGAGGAAGUCUUUGAGAAAGCCGUCCAGGAGUCCGGGCGAGUGCGCAAAGACAACAAGUUCUUGAUCCGACGGAUCCAUUCCCUGCCGCCCCAGCUCUUGGGGUCCAACCCCAUCCUUGGGGACAUCUCCUGCUCCCCGGAAUUCAACAGCGAGCGGAGCAGCCAAAGGGACCCCGAGGCACAGGAGGGUUUAGUCUUCAAGAAGCCGCGGAGACCGGGGGGCAACGGAGCUGUGGGAAGGGUCCCCUUUGCCCGGAGACUCGGCUCCGCGCCGGAAUUGCUGUUUGAACCCCCCGAGAAGGAAAAUGUCUCGGAGAGCGAGAGCCCCAUGGUGCUGCGCCGCUGCUCCCUCGCCUCCUCCGUGUCCGAGGAGGAUGACGGCUUCAUGGAGAUCCUGGAUGAGGAGGAGAUGAAGAGCGAUGCGGCUGUGCCGUCGGGCAUGGAGAGCCUCCUGACAGCACCGCUGGUGAAGAGCGAGGAGCCGUGCCAGCCGCGGCGUGGCCGGUGCCGGCAGCUGUUCCGCUCACCCUCGCUGCCCAGCACCAUCAUCCGGCCCGCGCUGAAGCGCCUGGAACGGCCCCCCGAGAGGGACCCCCCAGACAGGGACUCCCCCGUCACCCCAAAGCGGCGGCGCAGCCUGGCCGGGACCCCCAGCACCGGGACUGUGGUGGAACCGCAGGUGCUGCGCUCCCGAUCGGAGGAGAUCGAGGCCCUGCUGGGCAGCGACCAGCACGAGCUCAUCGGCGACUUCUCCAAGACGUACCUGCUGCAGACGGUGGAGGGGAAGCACCAGGACCUCAAGUACAUCUCUCCUGCUGUGCUGGCGGCGGUGCUGUCGGGGCAGUUCAGUGCCCUCCUCGAGCGCUGCAUCAUCGUCGACUGCCGUUACCCCUACGAGUUCGAGGGCGGCCACAUCAAGGGUGCUGUGAACCUCCCGCUGGAGCAGGAUGCGGAGCGGUUCCUGCUGGCCAAGCCGCUGGUCCCCUCGGAUCCCAGCAAGCGCCUCAUCCUCAUCUUCCACUGCGAGUUCUCCUCGGAGCGCGGACCCAGAAUGUGCCGCUUCAUCAGGGAGAAGGACCGAGCCCGAAACCAGUACCCACAGCUCCAUUACCCCGAGCUCUACAUCCUCAAAGGGGGGUACCGGGAAUUCUUUCCCCAGUACCAGGCCCACUGUGAGCCCCAGGACUACCGGCCCAUGCACCACGCGGAUUUCAAGGAGGAUUUGCGGCGAUUCCGCCUCAAGAGCCGCUCGUGGGCGGGCGAGCGCGGCAAGCGGGGGCUCUGCAGCCGCCUGGGCCACUUCUGAGGACGGGGGGGGGGACACCCCAGGGACCCCCCAAACCCGGGGACCCCCACUGAACCCCAACCCUGGGGCCUACGGCGAGGGAAAAGCCAGAACAGCCCCCCCCCCCAACAUCAAAGCACUUCCCUCCUCCU